GUGGCUCAGUUCUCAUAACUCAGCUUCUCUGCCAACAUGGAACAACUCAACUCCACUGUGGUCCCUUCUAACUUCUCCUCUCCUGGACAUCCACCUGCUCCCUCCUGGGACUCCAGAGGUCUGGUCCCUGCAAUGGUACUGUCUGUCUGCUUCCUGCUGGGAGUUCCUGGAAACAUCGCUGUGAUCAUCCUCAGACCAAACUGGCAGCACCUGUCCAGGCUGAGUCAGCAUCUGAUGCUGAAUUUGGCCGUAUCAGACCUGCUCUGCCUGCUCACCCUGCCCCUGUGGAUCUACACUUUACUGUACGGCUGGAUCCUUGGCCUGGCUGGCUGUAAGCUCCUGGCGUAUCUCAUUUACUGCAGCCUUUAUGGAAGCCUGCUGACUGUGACGAUGCUGAGCGUCCAGCGCUAUCUACUUGUGGUGCACCUGCAGAAGCGCUUGGAUCAAGUGGGAAAGAGGAUUCUGGCUCUGCUCUGGCUGGUUGCAGUGAUCCUCUCCGUCCCAUCUCUAGUGGUUCGGCAGCUGAUGAAAGACCGGCACUGGAUAAACUGCCAAGCUGUCUAUUCUUCCAGCACCCAGCAGGUGGCUGUGCAGCUGGCAGAGACCCUGACAGGAUUUGCCUCAAUUUCUGUUGUGGCGUUUUUAUACAUCGGCCUCUACAGAAAAGUAAAUGAGGCAGCCUUCUUCAACAACCCACAGACGACCCGGCUGGUCACAAGUAUCAUCGUGACUUAUUUUGUCCUCUGGAUGCCACAUCAUGUCAUAAAUGUGCUUGGUGUUGUAGCUGCUUCACUCGGAAACCAGGACCUGUUAAAGUUUUGUGACGAGGUCUCGAGCAUUGUCGGAGCCCUUGCAUUUGUGAAUAGCUGCGUGAAUCCUCUCCUUUAUGCAUUUGCUUCUAGAAAAUUGUGCACUGUGUGCGAAAAAAGGCAACCUUAA